GGCCUCAAUUUUAUGGACGAAACGAGUAAGAGAGCCUCUGAAUAUCCUGAUGUUGAGCUGUCAGCCUGUCACAUAUGUAUGUUGACAAUGCUGCGAUGACCCGCCAACAGGUCUCAGAAGUUAGAAGACCCAGCAGAAGGGGAGGAUACACUGGUGGCAAAAAUUCAAGAAAUUAUACGACCAUCUCAGUACUGGAUUUCGUGCCUUGGUGGAUGGAACUCGGUUACGAGCCAAUACUACACCCAAGCAAUGGUCAAGGAGAUGGCCUUGUUAGCCUUCAAUCGGGCUCUUACUUAAGCUGUCUAACUUCCUUUAUUUGGUGUUUUAGAAUAUCUGGUUCUUGGUGUUGGUUUUAUGGGAUCUUUGCCAACUUCUCGUCCAAAGCGUGGGGAUCACAGGGCCAAAGUUGGUUCUUGUCAUUGUGGGAGACACUGGUUCGGGAAAGACUACACAAUAUCUCCAUGAAGCUGGUUGAAAGGUACGACCUACUACUUGCCGCAGGUUGCUGGGAUCACAGGUCUGCGAGUCUUCCAUACCUUGAAAGCUUGUUCCACAGCUUGUUCUUUCCGGCACAGCUCUUCCAAGUUGGCGAAGUCUAUCCCCUUGCUUUGAAGCCCAACCUUCAAGUUGGACAUAAAAUUCAACUCUAUUUAUUCUACCGAACCGAACCGAACCGAACAUCUGAAAUUGAUUGUAGUGAUGAACCGGUGUUUUUUAACCGAAAAAAAAUGGCCUCACGAAUCGAGAAACCAGUCUCUUCUUCAGUUCUUCACUUGCCGGAGAAGAUGGAUUCGAUUUGUUGUUUCCGACCAAAUCAAUCUUGUCUUAGAACUUCAGUUUUGCCUGCUUUUUGCAUAAGUAGUCUUUCCGCCGUCAAUCGUUUCCGUUCAACGACGAGUCUUCGUUUUGGAUUUCCGGCGGCGCCGUUUCGUCGGAUUCCAAACUCUUCCUUCGUGACUCACGCGAAGAAGAGUAAGAGGAAAACGAGUAUCGUUGAACCUAAUCCGAACAAAGUCGAAGAAUCUCUCUUUCAAGAUGAAGAAGAAGAAGAAGAAGAAGAUGAGCUAGUUCUUCCCGAAGAGAUGCAAGACGAGUUACUAACGGAUGGUGAAUACGACGAAGACGACGAUGACUUUGAAUUCGAUGAGAGCGAGGAGGAAGAAGAACUCUAUGAUGGAGAUGGAGGUGGUGGAGGAGGCAUUAAACUUGCUGGAACGUUAUGGGACAAAGAAGCAUUGGCAUUAGCUGAGAGCGUAUGCGAGUCUUUUGAAGGGGAGUUAGGCAUUUAUGCCUUCAAGACUCUGCCUAAUUCAACCAUACAAGUGAGAAUCGAGCGGCUCACUAGCAAGUUUGGUUCCCCAACAAUGGAAGAUAUCGAAGCAUAUUCAACAAUCUACCGAGCAAAAUUGGCUGAAGCCGAACUCGCCAAGUCUAUACCGGACAAUAUCUCUCUAGAGGUUACAUCUCCUGGUGUCGAAAGGGUGGUAAGAGUUCCGCAGGAUCUUGAUCGGUAUAAGGAUAGGCCCAUGUAUGUGAGGUACACUAACGAGGACAGUGAGACUGAAGGUGAUGGUAUUUUCAGGCUGGUUUCUUUCGAUGUGGAAACCAAAAGAUGUGUUUGGGGGAUAGCUAACAUUCGAGUAAACCGAGAAAAGGCAGGCAAAGGCAGGCCUUUGAGCAAGAAACAAAGAGAAUGGCGACUCCAUACGGCUUUCGAGUCUCUACGGUUAGUCCGUUUGCAUUCUGAAUGUUGAGAGAACACAGUAAUAAGGAAUUGUCUUUUAGUUUAUAUUAAAAUCUCAAUAGAAAGUCUAUUACAUCGAUACGUAAUAGAUUAGACACGACAAUGAUUAUUGAGACAGAGAACAGUGAAAACCAAAAGUAGUAGGAGAUGUGUUUCUUUUA